UCUUUCCUGAACAGAGAGAUGAAAUCAGCAGAGAAACUCAUCCUCUUUUGUUUUCUGUUUGAAGCUGUUUUGUGUGGAGAUUUCUCCGUCACGCUCCCAGAGAGUGUAGAAGCUGUGAGAGGACUCUGUGUUCUCAUCCCCUGCAGUUUUGAGAUUAAUGGAGGCUAUGAUGCAGAACUCCAGGGAGAUCCUACAGGAAUCUGGUUUAAAGAUGGCACUGAUCGUAACAAUAGCAAGGUCUUUAACUCGAAAGUAACUAAAGAGAACAAUAUUAAAGGGAAACUAAUCGGAGACCUCCGCAUGAAGAACUGCACCAACGUCUUCUACAACAUCAGACAGAGGGACAGAGGAGAAUAUUACUUUAGAAUAGAAGCUUCAGGAGACCUGAAAUACACUUACACUUCUCCAUCAGUAUCUCUAAGAGUGGGAGACUCUCCAAUCAAUCCCUCAAUAACACUGUAUAAGGAGGAUCAGGGGGAGGUGGAGGACCAAAAUGAGGUGGUGGAGGGAACUUCAGUGAGUCUCGUUUGCUCUGCUCCAGCUCCUCCAUGUCUCUUAAAGCCACCCACUUUUAGCUGGAACUUCCUGCCUGAGGAGAGAAGACAGGAGCAGAACCACAACACCAGCUUCAGCUCCUCUCAGCUGACCUUCAGAGCUACUCACCUGCAUCAUGGACUUGAUUUCACCUGCACUGCCACCUACCAGCUCCAGAACAACAACAAAUCAGCACACAGCUCUCUCACUCUACAUGUUCUGUAUGGUCCUAGAAACACAUCAGUAUCAGCGUCUCCAUCUGUAGUGCUUUUGGGCAGUUCAGUGUCUCUGCAUUGCAGCAGUGAUGGAAACCCAGCAGUGCUGAACUACACCUGGUACAGAGAGAACAGAGCGCAGAUAGGAACCGGGAACCAUCUCACCAUCAACACCACUGAUUCUACACACAGGGGUUUAUACUACUGUAGAGCUCAAAACCAGCACGGAGAUCACAGAUCAUCUGUGUACCUGGAUGUUCAGUGUGAGUACUUGCCUCUCAUACUUUUAGAGUUCAGCAUAAAAAAGAGCCUUCAUUUCAGGAACAAGUGA